GAUCGACAUCAGUGCUGAACCUGCGAUUCAACUCAAAUCUUGCUGCUAACAGGCGGAUCUACGACCGAAAGGGGUGAUAUCGCUCAGGUUUAACGGGUUCUGCCCCGUAUAGGCCGAUACGCGCUGGUGUCCCAGGAAUCGCAGAACCCCCUCCCUAGUUGACGAUGCGGUCGUAGACACAUGCACACGCACAACGCACACUCACACUCACACUCACUCACUACCAACUAACUAUCCACGACCUCUUUUUUACCUUACUCCGGGGUGCAGUUCUCUGUCGACCAUGCCUCCCGUCCAGCAGCAUGUCCUCAACUGGCUUUACAGUGUUCUCACAAGCGAAUAUCACGACGUGAACCGAACCUACAACGACGUCGCCCAAGCCUUGUCGCACUAUCCUUCUCUAUCUCCUCGUACUGACGUUCACACAUUCGAUAAUGGCACCUCGGCCCUCCUCCUCCACCUGUCUGGCACCUUGCCAGUGAUCUUCAGGGGUGCGACGUAUCGUUUUCCCAUCUCCAUAUGCCUGCCCUACGCCUAUCCCCGGGAGGCCCCAUUGGUCUAUGUGACUCCCUCUGAGAGCAUGAUGGUGAGACCUGGCCAGCAUGUCGACCCUCAAGGCCAGGUCUAUCAUCCUUAUCUGGCGGGGUGGUCUACGUUCUGGGAUAAGUCUACUAUCCUCGACUUUCUUGCCAUUCUUCGAGACGUAUUUGCCAAGGAACCUCCCGUCAUCGCUCGACAACCCCCCCGCCAAUCCGCUUCCCCGGCCCAGCAUCCUUCUGCUCAGCCGACACCACCACCCGUACCUCCACCCCAUCCUCCCGAGCUUUCGGGUCGUCCCGUGAGUCGGACUAGCCAAGUACACGCUCAGACUCCUCCCGUUCAGCCAGGUCCGCCGCCUCCGCCUCCGAAACAAACCGGGCAUGAGCCACCCCGCCUUGCAUCUCCUCCCAGCAGAAGCACACCUACCACCGGUCCGCCUCUGCCUCCUUUGCCACCAGGGAUGGCGAGAUCCGACAGUCGAGAUGUAUCCGGCUCUCCAAAGCCCACCAGACCUUCGGCUCAGACACCGUCCCGAUACGAUUCUGCUCCGCCCUUACCCCCACAUCCUCAGCAGCCACCGCCGCCCCAGCUACCGCAGCAACAACAGCCUCCCAUUUCGACCGCAUUCCAAUAUCAGCAUCCCCAACCCCCAGGUCAGCCGCCGGUUCAUCUCGACAACCCUCCCUACCAUCAACAAAUUCCCUUUACACAACCCUCACCAUUCCCGCACCCGGACCCCCGCCAGGUCCAAGGUGGCCCGCCGCCUGGCUGGCAACCUGCGGACUCCCGGUCACAGGCACAGUCAGCGGCACAGAUCCCGCCGCCGCAGCAGCAGCCGAAACCAAAACUCCCGCCACCAGAUCUGCUCGACGAACCGCUCUCCCUCAGCAUCCCGACCCCGUCCGAGCUCCCCGGCCCUCCGAUCCCGCCCAAUCCCGAGAAAGAUGCGCUGCUCCGGCAACUCGGACAGGCCCUCCACGCCUACCGCCAACGCGGUCUCCAGCAGAACGAGUCCAGCAUGGCCGGCCUCCGGGCCCAGCACGCCGCCAUGCUCGCCGCCAAGGAGAGGAUGGAGGCCGAGCAGGUCUCCCUCGACCAUCUCUCGGCCCUGCUCAGCUCCAACGCGAACAUCCUCCACGAUGCUCUCCGCAAGGCCGACGCCGUCAUCGAGGCGUCGCGCAACCAGAGACCGCCCGACAUUGACGAACUCCUCGUCGCCCCCACCGUCGUCGCUAACCAGCUCUACAACCUCGUCGCCGAGGAGCGGGCCAUCGGCGACACCAUUUUUGUCCUCGGCCGCGCCGUCGAGCGUGGGCGCGUGUCUCCUGCUGUUUUUGCGAAGACUACUCGCUCUCUCGCCCGCGAGUGGUAUCUGAAGAAGGCACUGGCACGCAAGAUUGCGCGAGGGAUGGGGUUAACGGUGUAGGGAGGGUGAUAAUUGAAGCGAGGGGGGACAAAUUUACUCAGAGAGGUAUAGCACAAACAAUACAGCACAUUUCUGUGUGUCGACGAUGCAUCGCGGAGCAACUCUGGCAUUGCUCUGUCGUAACUGUGCAGAUGCAAUAUAGCAUGCUCCUGCACAAGACACACUUGAAGCUGAUGGCGUUUCGGCUGUGUGAUUGUCUAAUAACAGACGCCAUUUCCCCUGACUUGGGCGGGACAUUGUACUGGGAUCCCCUUGGUUUAUACCCCUGAUACAUUCCGAC